UGUAUUGAGUUGCUAUUGAAUUGCUUCCCAUAUUUUUAUUUCAUACAAACUGAACAAUUGUGGCCCCUCUAUUUUAUUUAUAAAGGUUCAGUGUAUCUUUGCCUGCCUACAUCAAUCUGCAAGGGAGUUGCAGAAAAGCCUCAUGUUCAUCGAGCCGUGAGUCACAACCAAUUUUUAAAGCUGUUAUAACAAAAAAAAAAAAAGUGUUUGCUUUUUUUUUCACAAGUAACUUUAAAAGUGUAGCUUAGAAAGAAAAAAAAAUAAAUAAAAAAAACAUUUUCAGUAGACACAACAUUAUUCCUGGAUGCUUGCGAAUCCUAAACUAUAUUCAUACUUUAGUAUUACACAUACCUGUGUCAUAUACACAGAUGAGCUUUAAAAUUGUCACAUACCAUUACCACUUUGCCUUUACUUUUAUGUAUCAUUCCCCUGACUUCCUUACUGCAGGUGUGGGCAAGAAAACUUUUCCUUUAAAACUUUUCAACAGUGGGCAUAAAAUUCUGCAGCUGAGGUCUUGAAGAAUGCAGAUGGGAGAUGAAACCAGACAAAGGGUGAAGUUUACAGACGAUCGUGUUUGCAAGAGCCACCUUCUGGAUUGCUGUCCUCAUGAUAUCCUGGCCGGAACACGAAUGGACCUGGGAGAAUGUACAAAGAUCCAUGACUUGGCACUGCGAGCAGAUUAUGAGAUUGCAAGUAAAGAGAGAGACCUGUUUUUUGAGCUGGAUGCGAUGGAUCACCUGGAAUCCUUCAUCGCAGAGUGUGAUAGGAGAACAGAACUGGCCAAGAAACGCCUGGCUGAGACACAGGAAGAGAUCAGUGCUGAAGUGUCUGCAAAGGCAGAGAAAGUACAUGAGCUGAAUGAAGACAUUGGAAAACUCCUAGCUAAAGCUGAACAGCUGGGAGCUGAAGGAAAUGUUGAUGAGUCUCAAAAGAUCCUGAUGGAGGUGGAGAAAGUCCGAGCAAAAAAGAAAGAGGCAGAGGAAGAAUACCGAAAUUCUAUGCCUGCCUCCAGUUUCCAGCAGCAGAAGCUGCGUGUGUGUGAAGUCUGUUCAGCAUAUCUGGGUCUCCAUGACAACGACCGGCGUCUUGCUGACCACUUUGGAGGCAAAUUACACUUGGGUUUCAUUCAGAUUCGUGAGAAACUGGAUCAGCUGAGGAAAACAGUGGCAGAAAAGCAAGAGAAGAGAAACCAGGAUCGUUUGAGACGGAGAGAGGAGAGAGAACGAGAGGAGCGAAUGGGCAGACGGUCUGGAUCAAGAAAUAGAGAUCGUCGAAGGUCACGGUCUCGGGAUAGGAGGCGAAGACGCUCGAGAUCGGUUUCCCGUGAACGGCGGAAGUCUCGCUCCAGGUCCCGAGACCGACACAGACGCCACCGGAGCCGUUCCCGCAGCCACAGCAGAGGUCACCGACGGGGGUCCAGAGACAGGAGUUCAAAACACAAAUCUUCUAGAGAUCGAUCUUCAAGAGAAAAGUCACGAGACAGAGAGAGAAAAGAGAAGAGCUCUUCUGAGAGGCGGCACGAGAGCACAAAUGGCAAAUCUCGUUCCAAGAGAUCAGAAGAGAGAGAAGCUGGCGAGAUCUGAACUCAAAUGAUCUGUGUUGCACUGUAAAUAGUCUGAUAAACAUUCUACACAAAGCCUAAAUUUCCCAUUUAUAUUUACUGAAUACAACUCAUCUUUUGUAGUUUGGAAUUUUUAUUGUUUGGCAGAUAGCUGUGAGUUUGUAGAGACACAGAGUUACGUACUGUUUAACAGGAUUUUGUUUUAGUAGGAAUAAAUAAAUCUGGAUGGAUCGUUGUCAAUUCAGGCCAGUGGUUGACACACUGUGUUUGUCCUGACCCAGCGAACGCGGCAGUCAGGGGCAGCGCUGUGGUCGGAGACCUGAGCUGCCGUGAUGUUUGUAACACUUCAGCCCUUUCCAAAAGAUCUACCUGACCCUUUGUGAGCACACCAGUAGCACUGGUUCUCACUUAAUUAAUUUUUCCUUCUGUUUAUAUAUGUUAAAAGAAAUCAGAAGUGGGGUUUUUUUCCUUUUAGCGCUUAGCCACCUCAUUUUUAUGUCUCCAGCAUUUGAGAGUUGCCUCGCUAUUCCAGCUAAGACAUAAUUCGGCCCCGAUCUGUCUAUUUUGAAAGCUGUUCAUCUCUGUGAGGAUGACCAAAUCAGCUGGAGGACAUUUCUAAGAUGGGCUCAAGUCUGGUUUUAGUACCUUUACAGAUCAGAUACUGGGUGUAAACAAAAUGGUGGAAAACCUGGGCUGAUUUCUUCUAGAGAGGAGUACAGCUGCAGCUAGUCUGCCUGUUUACUGUGCAGUCCGGAGUCAGAGC